UGCUACGAAACGAUAUAUAGGUAUAUGCAGCGCGAUGCUUUAUGGUAUGUCAUAAAGUGGUUAUAAAAAGUUUAUAGCUAUUUUAUUAACAAAAAUCUAGAAUUGAUUGGUGACAAUCGGCACCUGUUCCAGCGAUGUUUCAUUCCAGUCUAUAAAAGCUUUCGCAGCUGAAAAUCGACUGACUGCGAUUGAUCAAAAAAUAAUAAAAUAUUGCAAGUCACUCUUUGUUUACAUGUUCGAAAAAUUGAUAGAAGAGUCAUUCAUAAUUGAAUUCAUGUCGAUGCCGUGAAUGAAAUCCAACCGUAAAAUGGCUGGAAAUUUCAAGCACUGCCUUACACUUUUGCAAGAAAAUCAAGAGGACGUGAAAAAGGAAGCGCAUCAUAUACUUUUGAAGCUUUGUAAUAAUAUUCUAAAACACCCGCAGGAUCUAAAGUACAGGAAAAUUAAAAUAGACAAUCCUGUUGUUUCGAUCAAACUUUUACCUGCGGCAGGUGCAAUAGAGUGUCUUUUUGAAGCAGGGUUUGUUGAGAAUGACGAUGAAUUUUUCCUACCUCCAAAUGCCUCACUGACAGGUGUGAGAGAUCUUUACAGCCUUUUAAACAGUUCUCAACAUAUCACAACGACUAAGCCUGCUUCUGUGGCUUCCACAAGUACACAAAAACCAACUACUUCGGUAGAGAAACCUCUAGUUGAGGAAAAAGAGUAUAAAAGAAAAAGUUUCAUCGAACAACUUAUAAGACAUUUUCAUGAUAUUUUAAGAUACGAAGAUCAAGACUUACAAAAUAAAGUUAAGUCCAUACUACCUCUUGAAAAAUUGCAAAUUACUGCCAUGGAAAAAUUGCGUACUAUACAAAGAGAAAUGAAAAUCAAAAAAACUCAAGAUGAUGUAGUGAUCGAAGAUUUGCUGUUAAGUGAAUUGUUAAACUGGUUCAAGAAUAAGUUUUUCAAAUGGGUUAACAGUCCAGCUUGUAAAAUAUGUACCGGAGAUUGCUCUUAUGAUCGAUCAAUAGUUUCUACAAACCCAGACAUAUCAAGAAUAGAAAUUCAUAAGUGCAAAAUUUGUGGAAGUGAAACUGAAUUUGCCCGCUAUAUCAAUCCAGAAGCUUUAUUGUACACCAGAAAAGGCAGAUGUGGAGAAUGGGCAAAUUGCUUUACUCUCAUAUGUCGGACAGUAGGAUUUGAUGCAAGACUUGUGUAUGAUAAAACUGAUCAUGUUUGGACAGAGGUUUGGUCGGUAGCUCACAAUAGAUGGAUACACGCAGAUGUCUGUGAGAAUGUAAUGGAUCGACCACUAAUGUAUGAAAAAGGAUGGGGUAAAAAAUUAUCAUACGUCAUUGCAUUUUCUAGGGAUGAAAUACAAGAUGUUACUUGGCGUUACACUCGUAAAUUUGAAGAAGUCAUGAAACAUCGAAACGUUUGUAGCGAAAAGUCGCUAAUGCUGUUAAUUAAUAAAUUGAAUUUGCAACGACAAAAUAGUCGUGGCUACAGCCAAGCGAGAAAAAAGUUUGUCACCAAACGAUACGUAGAAGAAUUAGCUCAAAUGCUAAAUGCACCUCCUGGCUGUAAGAAACCUUGCGAAACUUCGGAAAAUGAAUCGGAUUAUGGGGGAAGGACGUCUGGUUCUUUAGCUUGGAGAAUCUCUCGUAACGAAACCGGGGAUACCUCAUUUACGGCAACUCAGUGGAAUAUUCCGCGGGACGUUUUGAAUUUCGAAUUAACUUAUUCUAUACUCAAUGACACUUAUGUGACCAAAGACACUUCCAAUAGUAAAAAUUUAGAGACAAGACAAAAAUGGCAAACUGGUGUUGCAUUUGUAGAAGGUGGAAUCUUUACUAAGAAGGAAGAAGAUUGGAAAAUGAUUUACUUGGCAAAAUCACCUGGAUCAAUUGUUGGGAAAAUAACUUGGGCCUUUGUAGUUGAAGAUAAUGAAAACAUGUACAUAAAUUCAGUGAAAUUGCAAGCAAAGACUGCGACUUUUCACGGAGGAAGCGUAAAGUGGCAAGUCGAAGGAAUUUAUUCAAACGAGAACACAAAAGGAGAGAGUAAAGUUGUGUCUAUUCUUGAAAGUGAAAACUUUGAAACAAAAGACUUGAAAGGUGCAAUUAAAAUCAAUGUGACUGCUGUACUUUCUGGAGGCGAGGGAGAGUCAGCAUGGCAGCAUGCUCAACUAUUUCGUCAAAGUUUAGACGCGACCUCGAAUGAUCUUUCCAUGGUGAUAAGAAUAGACUUGAAGAAGAAAGGUUAAAUAUAAAAAUGUAUAUAUUUUAUUAUAAGUUGUAAAAAUAAAAUAAAAGUAAGUUUCCGUAUAUACAACAUCUGUGCGCGAACAAAAUCACAGAAUACACACAUUUGCGUAUUUAACGCAUAUUAAA